AUGCGAACCGAAGAUGAAAAAUUCAACGCUCUGCUCGGACGACUACGUCGAGGCGGAUGCACAGAUGCAGAUUAUGAAUUACUACAAACUCGUGUCGUUGGUGGCGGUGAAGUUGAAUCAUUAAACACGAUCCACUGGGCACCAAUGUUAGUUUUCCACAACGAGUUACGAACGCUGCUAAAUAACCUUGCUGUAGCUUCCCGAUCAUUAGAAACCAACGAAGCCGUAGUUAUAUGCCCUAGUGUUGAUACAAUUAAAUCCAAUUUAAUCGACAAUCGCACCUUGCGCAAAUUCGUACAAGUGUUGCCUGACAACAAAACCGAUGGUCUUCCUGGUAUUUUACCGUUAGUCAAAGGAAUGCCGGUGUUAUUGACUGAUAACAUAGCAACAGAGCUCGGGUUAUCGAAUGGAUCAUCUAGAACAUUUCACUCACUUGUUUAUACAGAACCAAGAGAUGAAGAAGACAAAACAAUCAAUGAACAGCAAUCGUCAUCAUCAUUAGACCCAGCACAACCGAACCGGUUUCCUCCAAAUACCGUCACUCUGAAAUAUCCAUUAUAUGCUCUAAUUGAAAUCCAAAAAUCGAAAAUAAAAUCAGAUCUCAAAUAA